CGACUUUGUCCAUGAGGGUUCCUUGCUCGAAUUCUUGCAACAAAUUUCUCCUGGUCAGAUUCUUCAGCAUAAUCUGCUAUCGCACCCCUCACCUACUAGUAGCUGUCCACCCCGGAAAUGCCCUCCAUCGGCUUCUCCAAUGCCAUUGGCAUCGUCAUGUUUGACCUGACCAUACAUCGGCUCUACAAGGUCCCUCCGCUCUCGGGGACGCACGGCGCGACGGCGGAAAAUAACGGUGAACCGCCGACAUCAACCGGCGAUCCCGGAGACGUAGGGCAAGCGUCGUGA